GUCAAGGCCUUGAAUGAGGGGGCUGGGGUGCAUGGGGGGGUUGUUCCCGGGCUCCGAGGGGUUAACCGGCGCGGGGCUACACGUGACGUGGAUGGUUCCAGCGUUAAGUCAGAGAGGCGCGGCCCCCUCCCCUGACCCCCCGCCCCCCGCGGCGCGCGCCGCUCCCGGGGGUUCCGCGCCCCCGCGCCCAGGUCCCUCCCCCUCCGCGGGUGCUCAGAGGCCGAGUCGGCAGCGGCCCCCGAGCCCCCGCGGCCUGUGCGCCCCAGUCGGCAUGGACCCCGAGCGCUGUGAGCCCUUCGGCGUCGGGCCCGGGCCUGGCCCCUACGCGGCCGCGGGGGACGAGUCUCCGGGCGCCCCGGGACCCCCUGCCAGCGCACCCCACCUGCACCCGGCCCCUCCCCGCGGCCCACGGCUGACCCGCUUUCCCGCCUGCGGGCCCCUGGAGCCCUUCCUCCCAGAGCCCGCCAAGCCGCCCGCAAAGUACCUGCAGGACCUUGGGCCCGGCCUGGCGCCCAACAGCGGCCACUUCUACGAGGGUCCGGCGGAAGCUGAGGAAAAAGCCUCCAAAGCUGCUAGCUUCACCCAGCUGCCCUUGGACUGCCGGGGGGUCCCUCGAGAAGGACCUCCUAACUUACAGGGCUCCCCAGGCCCCUGCCUGGCCAGUUUGCGUGUGCCCUUGUCCCCGGGGCUCCCUGACUCCAUGGAGUUGGCCAAGAACAAAAGCAAGAAACGCCGUAAUCGUACAACCUUCAGCACGUUCCAGCUAGAGGAACUGGAGAAAGUCUUCCAGAAGACCCACUACCCUGAUGUGUAUGCGCGGGAGCAGCUGGCUUUGCGUACGGACCUGACUGAGGCAAGGGUCCAGGUCUGGUUCCAAAACCGCAGAGCCAAGUGGCGGAAGAGAGAGCGUUAUGGGAAGAUGCAGGAGGGGCGCAACCCCUUCACAUCAGCCUAUGACAUCUCAGUGCUGCCCAGGACUGACAGCCACCCACAGCUGCAGAACUCCCUGUGGCCCAGUCCAGGCUCCAGGAGCCCUGGAGGCCCCUGCCUCAUGUCUCCGGAGGGCAUCCCCUCCCCAUGCAUGUCUCCCUAUUCUCACUCUCAUGGGAAUGUGGCUGGCUUCAUGGGAGUGCCUGCCUCCCCCAGAGCCCACCCUGGCAUCUACUCCAUCCACGGUUUCUCCCCAGCCCUAGGGGGCCAUAGCUUCGAACCCUCUCAAGAUGGCAACUAUAAGUCUCCAAGCCUCGUCUCACUCAGGGUGAAGCCCAAGGAGCCGCCUAGCCUGCUGAACUGGACCACGUGAUUGGCCAUGGGAAGCAAACUGAGCUGCCCACCCUCUUUCCCAUUCCCAGCAGCUCUCACCCCACCCUCUGCCUGGAUGCCAGAGGACACACCUCUGCCUCUGAGCCCCAGAUGCUUCCUGGAGGCCCAGGCAGAGCAGUAGGGACUCGUACCUCUGGGGGGUUGGGGGGGGGGGGACAACAAGCCACAGUCUGCCCCCUUAGAGUAAGGCAGGGCUGCCUGGGACAAAGGAGACUGAAAAGCAUGGGGGGGGGGUUUCUUUCUUCCACACGGAGGCCCCUCAUCCCAACUUUAGGACGAAGGAAGUUGCUGCCCUGUAUCCUUGAGACUUGGCCCAAGUGUAACUGUUGUCUCUCCAGUUGAAACAGCUCAAUUUGCUCCUUGUCCAGGAAAUCCAGGAAAAUGGGAGGAAGAGGUGGACACAGGCUGAACUCAAAGUUCCUAGACUUAAGAAACUGUGGUGUUGUGUGACAACCCCCCCUCCACACACACCUGGGGUGCCUCUCUCUCCCAGACUACCACCAGG